GUGUGUAUGUAGCUCCUGUGUGCGUGUGUAUGUAGCUCCUGUGCGCGUGUGUAUGUAAGGGCGUGUGUGGGUGUGGAGGCGGUACACAGCCGUGAGAGUGUAUGAGGGAGUGAGGGAGUGACAGUCACCUGAAGCCUCUGGGCCUGGCAGGUUGUGUAUACACCUCCGUAUAACACUAUAGCCCUCAGUAACCCGUAUAGUCUCGUAUACUCCGUAUAUCCUUGUAUAAACCAGUCGUUUAUACCUGUAUACACGCGAGCAGCUGCCCGCACCUCCACGACUCCUGGUCACAUGGUCCCAUAGGUGAAUCUGAGAGAACAACAACAACAACAACAACAAGAUCAGCAGAGGGAGCAGUAUGGGCGGGGCGGCGGCGGCGGUGGUGGUGGUGGCGGCGGUGGCGGCGGUGAUGGCGGGGGCGGCCCGGGCCGACACCUGUGACCGGCGGGACCGGCGGACACACACAACAGCCUGGAAGGGUGACAUAGGAGACCUUGAAGUGUUCCCAGGAGGCACGGUCAAGGACGGACUCCAGGUUCGACACCCUCGGGUGCGGAGGUUCAUCAGCUUCCCGACGGGCUCAGUGUUCAGCGUCAUCCCCAAGUUCAUCAUACCGUUCUACAGCAGGUUCGAUGGUUAUAUUGUGGGAAGCCAACUGUACUCGGUGGUGCUGGACCUGAGGCUCCCUAACUCUACCCUGAUGCUGAGGCCGCGGCGCCCUGAGGGCCAGGUGGCGGGCGCGACCUGGGGCGCCCCGCACUACGCCGCCCACGCCACCUACCGCGCCGCCCACGCCACCACAGGCGCCGCUCUCGACCACAACAGGAUGGCGGGCUUCACCUUCCUGCAGCAAAUGAUGGACAGUGUUGGACUGGAGGGUCGAGCCUGCGUGCUGAGGGCGGUGUGUGAGGUGGCCGAGGACCCCGUCACCGACCUGGGCCUCAUGGGCGAGAUUGUCAACAUGUUCUUCAGUGCAGGGUACGGGAGCCGGGCCCGGGAGCUAGAGGACUACAUCGCGGCGGAGGAGUCUGGUCGGAGGGAAGGGGGUUGUGAGGCUCAGUACCCGGCGUGCCCCUGCUCCCUGCUGGACGUGUUCACCUCCGUCUCCUCCUUCUUCCACCGCGGCCUGGCUGGUGCUGGCGAGGCCGCCGCCCAGCACCUCUGACACACUCUCUCGCCCUCACAACCACACUCCACCUCUUAUUAUAUACCAUCUCUACCCUACCCUGAGCGACCUACGACAAGCCGCCGGCUUCUUGCCCUCGUCGAGGCCACUAGUGCUAGUGGACCUCGGGUAAAGCCCGUCUCGGUGGUACAGUGGCUGUCGUCUCAGGGUGCUUCUUGGGAUGUGUAUUCACCUAGUUGUGUUUGCUGGGCUUGAGCUUUGUUCUUUCGGCCCGCCUCUCAACUGUCAAUCAACUGUUACUAAUUACUACUAACAAAUUGUUUUUCUGACACACACAC